GAUAGAGUGAGGAAUGAAACGUCUUCACUAAUGUUGCGUCGAUUCUUGUGCUUCACUGUCCCCGCUCCAUCUUCUUCUUCUUCUGCUACUCUAUGCUUCUCUUCCAACACCAACAAGAAGUCCCUCGUCUUCUUAGGCUCUCCUCAGGUCUCUGCCACUGUUCUUGACGCCCUGUUGGAUGCAUCCAGCGCCCCUAAUUCUCUGUAUGAGGUUGCAGCAAUUGUGACUCAACCGCCUUCCCGGAAGGAUAGGGGAAAGAAGGUGCUGCCUUCUGCUUUAGCACAACAUGCUCUUGACAGAGGCUUUCCUUCAGACCUCAUUCUCACAGCUGCACGAGCUGGAGAGGAUGAGUUCCUGUCCAGCUUAAGAGCUCUACAGCCAGAACUUUGCAUUACUGCCGCGUACGGGAACAUUUUACCUAGCAAAUUUCUUAAUAUCCCAACUUUGGGCACCGUAAAUAUACACCCAAGUUUGCUGCCAUUAUAUCGUGGUGCAGCACCUGUUCAAAGAGCUUUGCAGGAUGGUGUCAAAGAAACAGGAGUAUCCUUAGCAUUCACUGUGCGUGCACUGGAUGCUGGACUUGUAAUUGCCAGUGAAAGACUGCAAAUCGACGAUCACAUCAAGGCACCAGAUUUGCUUGCUCUCCUAUUUUCUGAAGGUGCCAAACUAUUGAUUCACCAGCUUCCUUCCAUACUUGAUGGUUCGGCUAAGUUGAAGCACAGUCAGGAUGACUCUAAAGCUACCUUAGCACCGAAGAUAUCUGCUGAGGAGUCGUGGCUGUCAUUUGAUCAGGAAGCUGCAGUCCUACAUAACAAGGUUCGUGCAUUUGCAGGAUGGCCUGGAACUCGAGCUAAAGUUGUAAUUGUUGACAAUAAAAACGGUCAUCAGAAUAUGCUGGAGCUUAAAAUUAUCACAACCAAAGUUUGCAGCCAUAGCAAUAAUCAGGUCAACCUAACAGAUGACAUCUCUCUCCGGAAGGGUGCAUUAGUAUUUCCAUGUGGGGGGUCCACGUCUCUUGAGAUUGGAUUGAAGAGAUAAUUAAAGAAAAAAAGAUGGAGCCAAGUCAUGCAACAAUUAAAUAGAAGAUGAUUAUUAAAGGCAUAAAGCAUGACAUGUUUUAGGG